AUGACCGUUGGUAUUGGGUCCCCUUCUGGUAACGUGGGGCGCGAGCCUGACGCUGUUGUUGUUGGUGCUGCCCAAGGUGGAAUGUUGAAGUCACGUUUCUGCGGGAGCUGGGAGCCUUGUGGGGUCUCUAUUUUGAUUUCUUUUGGAUGUGAGGAUCUCGGGGUUGUCAGAUGUGAGGAUAUGAAAUGGGUUGAGAGAAAGAAGGAGAUUUGA